AUGUCAGCUACACAAGUGUCAACGGGAACUAUGAGGGCUGUCAACUAUCAAGGAGCCUUCAAGGUCAAGGUUGAAGAUGUGCCCAUGCCUGUGAUUGAACAUCCAGAUGAUGUCAUUGUCAAGGUGACUACAGCAGCCAUCUGCGGGUCUGAUCUUCAUAUGUAUGAGGGAAGAACUGGCGCUCAACCUGGCAUCACCUUCGGCCAUGAAAAUAUGGGAAUCGUUGAAGAACUUGGCUCUGGUGUGAGUCUCUUGCAAAAGGGAGACAGGGUAGUUAUGCCCUUCAAUGUCGCUGAUGGCCAUUGUCGCAAUUGCGAGGAGGGCCGGACAGCAUUUUGUACGGGCGCCAAUGGCAGCGGUUUUGCCGGGGCCGCGUACGGAUAUGUUAGCAUGGGUCCUUACCGAGGUGGACAAGCGCAGUAUAUACGGAUCCCAUUCGCCGACUUCAAUGCUUUGAAACUACCGCCUGGUAAAGAGCUCGAGGCCGACUUUAUCCUCUUGGCUGACAUCUUCCCAACGGGAUGGCAUGGUGUCAGUUUGAGCGGGUUCAAGCCAGGGGAGUCGAUUGCGGUAUUCGGAGCGGGGCCUGUUGGUCUCAUGGCGGCGUAUUCGGCGACUUUGCGGGGAGCGAGUAGAGUGUUUGUCGUCGACCGGGUACCUGAGCGGCUGCAGGUAGCACAAAAGAUUGGAGCGAUUCCGAUUGACUUUAGCAAAGGAGAUGCCGUGGCUCAGAUCAUCGAGAAAAAUGGUGGAGAGGUGGAUAGAUCUGUCGACGCUGUUGGAUAUCAAGCCGUCGACAUGGGGGGCACGACGGAGCAGCCCAACAUCGUCUUGGAGAAUAUGAUCAAAGCCACAAGAGCAUGCGGAGGAUUGGGAAUUCCAGGUCUCUAUGUCCCAACGGACCCUGGUGCGCCCGAUGAAGCUAGUGCCAAGGGUCGGAUCAGCUUGAGCUUUGGCAAGUUGUUUGAGAAGGGAUUGUCGCUGGCCACUGGACAGUGCAACGUGAAGCAGUACAAUCGAUAUCUUCGAGACUUGAUCAUUGCGGGCAAGGCUAGGCCAUCAUUUGUAGUGAGCCACGAGGUUGGGAUCGAGGAUGCAGAGGUUGCGUACGAGAAAUUCGACAAGAGGAUUGAGGGCUUCACUAAAGUCCUGAUCCAUCCAAAUGGACCGCUCUAA